CACGGACGGGGCGCAUAUACCCACGACGAACGACAAACAGCCGCCUAGGAAGAAGAAAGCCCCCUCGGUUCCCCCUUCCAGUCGGCAACUCCGUGCACGAACAGUCAGCGGCCCUCGAUCUUCCAACACGUUGCUCAGCGACAUGAAUACAAAUCCGUCUGUCAGUCUCGCGACGGUCCCCCUCGCCCUUCCACUUCCCCUGCCGUCGAGCAAAGAUGCGCCGUACUUCAACGGAAGGCGUGUGAAGGUGUUCCUGGAGACAAUAGAGUACGUUGGGAAGUCGGCCGGGUAUGGCAAGGCCCAGUGGCCGUCGCUAAUCCUUCGGUACUCGUCGUCGGAGGUCAAGAAGACACUCGCGAAGGAAGAGGAUGUCCUGAAUGGGACCGAUUGGGACGCUGCAAAGGAGCGGUUGCUCUUUUAUUAUGAGUCGAGCUCAUCGUCCAAGAGAUGUACACCUAAGAAGCUAAAGGAUUUUGUUUCUAAGUCGAGCAAAAAGAAAAUCACGUCACGUCAGCAGGUUGACCGGUACCACCGCCGCUUCUCAAAGAAGGCUGGCAAACUCGUCGAUGAUAAGAAGAUUACACAAGCUGAGUCUGAUUACCUCUUCUACAAGGGUCUUCCUCGGAAGGUCCGGUCGUCAAUUAAACCUCGGUUGACUGCACUUUUAGCAGCACAGAACAAGGAGCUGUUGGCGUCAUCCCCCGCUGCGAUGGCGGAUACGCUGGCAGCGGCUCGUGCGCUCUAUGACCCGGACGAUAUCGAUUACAGCGACGUGGACGAUAGAUCGUCGAGUUCAUCGGAUUCAGACGAGAGGUCCGACGGGGACAUGACUGACGACACGGACGACGAGUCAUCGACGGACUCAGGUCGCCGACUGAAACGCAAGGGAAGGAAGAUGCCGAAGAGAGGGCGAUCACGGGAAGGAGAUAGGAGGCGACGGGGAAAGAAGGACGAGUCGCGGUCGAGGUCGAGGGACGGGAGAAGGACACGUCUGGCCACGGGGGACCGGAGAGAGCUACGCGAUCUAGCGGAGUCAGUGAAGCAACUGCAGGUGGCCGUACAGACCCAGGUGGUCGCACAAUCGCAAGCAGCCGUGCAGACAGGAAUCGGCUCGCGUCCGCUGUUCAGAGAAAACUCUCCGGUACCGACGCAGGCUUAUCCACAAGGUCGAACGUGUUACAUGUGCGGGAAGGUCGAAGGAGUCGACCUCGAACAUCGGAUCGGCAUGGGGAACUGCCCGGAGACGAUCGAACUCAUUAACUCCGGACACAUCCUCUACAGUCCCAUGGGUCAGCUAAUACGGAAGGACGGCACGCUCUUACCUCGCUCCCUAGGGUCUGGCUCUGGCGGGAUCGCGGCUAUCGUCCGACGAGAGAUCUCUUCAGCCGGGAAAGGGAAGGAACGAGAUCUUCCGCCGCAUCAGUCGCGCAUGGGGAUGAACGUCGGUCUUUACGCGGACGGCAAGCCAGUGUUGGGUGGUCGGACGACAGCGGUCGCAUCGGAGACAGUGUACGCCUUCCCAACGACGAGAGCUCAGGCAAAGGCAGGAGGAGAUGGUGGGGUUGAGAAACAGGUCCGGUUCGAGGAAGAGGAGGCCCAGCCGACGUGGAAGAAGUCCUUCCGUGCGCCGAACGUCCAUAGGCCCGCAGACCCGAGUGGCGAGUUCACGCGAAAGAAGGGCGCAGAGCAAUCGCAGAGCGCACCGCACCCAGCAAACACAGAGGAAGGCUGGCGGGAAAGACAGCGACAGAAGGCACGGGUAGAGGAGGGAACGGAUGAUGAAGGUCAUGUGAGACCUAAGCAAGCUAAGUCGAACCCUUACCGGUUCACCUCCACGGUGCAGGAACAAGUCUCUACUGAGAAUAUCCGCGAACAGGUGUUGGACACGAAGAUCACAUUGUCCCUACGCGAGAUUCUGGGAAUGUCCCCAGAGUUGCAGCGCAUCAUGCAGGCUUUGGUCAAGACCAGACGGGAGUUCAACGUCAAAUCUGGUGAGCGCGCGAGCGAUGUGGAGAACAGUGCUGAGGAAAUACAGAUCCUUUCACCUGAUGAGCCCGGGACUGCUUUCUUGACGUACGGUGAAGGAGAGGACCUGCGGCAGAUCCUCGAGAAGUAUGCAAGCGCUGUUGUAGUAGGUGCACGUCGACACUUCGCCAUGACGGUGGGGUUAGUCAAAGGGGUCUUCGGAGGAGAAAAGGUGACGUUCUUGGUCGAUUCGGGCUCAGAACUCAACCUGAUCACACGUCGUGUCUGGGAACAAACCGAGACACCGUUGGAUGAGGACGGCCGGCGCUGGUCCCUUCAGGGUAUCGGCGGUGAGUCAGUCGCUCUCCUCGGUUGUGCUCGAGACGCUCCAGUCCAGAUCAGUGGAAAGAACUUCGACCACAACUUCUUUGUCAGCACGAGGGAGCACGGGGCAUACGACGGGAUUCUGGGGCAACCGUGGCUGUCGUGGUUCUCGGCGGAUGUCUCAUACAAUCGGGCAGGACCGACAUACCUUCGGGCGUAUCCUUCAGGAGACAAGACCGGUGCAUUUAUCUCCAUCGAAAUUUGUCAGACUAAUCACCCGAGGAAUACAGAUCGCCUGAUCCUAACGACGACGUCCUCUAUCGAGCGGGACAUGGCCGCCGAGGUCGAAGAGGUCGAGGAGGAUUUUUGAGUAAGGGCGGGUCGGCGACGUCUGCCCCUGCCCUUAGUCUCUUAGACGUUGACAUACCGUGCAUGGGCAGGGCCAUGUACACGUUAUUAGGUGAUGUCCCCUAUUCUUCAGAUUUUGACUCUUGUUUUUUGGCUAUUU